UCAGUGACUUGCUUUAACUACCGCAGACGCAAAUACUGUUGUAUAUGCAGCCACUAUAGAGGGAAGAAUGUAGACGGCAAAGUUAUUUCACUAUAUAAAUAUCCUGAAAACGUAGCUAUUUGUCGUAUUUGGCUUCAGAGAUCGAGACUUGUAAGGAAAGACUUUGUUUACACUGCAAAUAGCCAAAUGUGUUCCCAGCAUUCCGUCAAUUUUAAUGGACCAUCGAAAGAUCACCCCUUGCCAUCCGUUUUGCCAAACAAAGUAUUUAAAAUAUCAUAAAACCAAAACGUUCGAAUGCACAAAUAUGACUGGCGUUCCUGAAGGUGAUAAGAGUAACAAAUAUGAUUGCAUUAUAGUCUAUUGUGAAAAAGAUGAAGAUGAAGUCAAAAACAUACAAAAUGAAUUGCUAAAAAUUGAACUAAAUGAUGAAAAACCUCUCAAUAUUGAACUGGAGGAAUAUGUUGGAGGUACAUCAUUUAAACGACCUGAACAUUUACAAAAACUUAAAGAUAAAGCGUUAUUCAUUUGUGUUUUAAUUUCAGACACAAUAACUGACAUUACUAAACAUGAAUAUCAUGAACUCUUAAAUGACAACCAUGGUAGGAUACUGCCAAUCCUCUUGCAUCCUCGUUGUAUGAUUUCUGGUUUCCAAAGUCUUAAUUGUAUUGAUUGGACUAACAAACAUAAACUAGACAAAUUUAAAAACAUUGUCAUCAAGAGAAGGAAGAGAGACUAAAAUUACUCAUGAAAUACAAAAUGAAUUGAAUAGGUUAAAUUUCAAAUUAGUUUUCUGUUAGAAUUAAGGCAAUUUAUAGAAUAGCAAAAAUUAAACUACUCUGGUGAAUAUAAUACUAUAUUUAAGAGAUGAGGAAUUAUGUACAUUAUUUACAUUUGUCGGAUAUUUGACCUCAUCUUUGUUGUUACCAUGUUUUGGCUGAUAUACCCUCCAGCCUUCAUCAGGUAUCUUGGGGAAAUUUCGAACCUGGGUUCUCAUUCCUAAGGUAUUUUCCGAUGUUUUUAUUAUUAUUAUUAUUAUUCAGAUCACUGCCUGGAAUCGAACUUGGAAUCUUGGGGUUAAUAGCCUGCCCUCUUAACCACGACACCAUAUGCCCGUGGGCAUAUUGUGUAGUGGCAAAUUUCCCAAGACACCUGAUGAAGACUGGAGGGUAUAUCAGCUGAAAUGUGUUAACAACAAACAAGAUGAGGACAAAUAUCUGUCAAAUGUAAAUAAUGUCUGGUGAAUAUGUUUGGAAAGGCUGAUUGAGUGAACAAGCUAAAGAUGUAUAAUGAAAAAUUUGAUGCAAAUAUAUAUUACAAAGGAACAAAGAAAUGAAUACAAUACUGUAUGUCUUAUGAACAUGUCAAUUUUUCUCUAUAUUAAAUGUCUUUAAAUACAUGUAUCAAAAAUAUAUAAUCCUCUAUAUAUGUGAAUAUUAUUUCAUACUAUUUUAUAUUAAUUUUCCCAUGGUUAUAUGGACAAGAUAGUUUGCACAGAAAUUAAUCAACCAACCAGGAAAAGUUCUAUGACAAGAACACAUUCAUCAGCAUACAAAAGCACAUGAAGACAUCUUAUCUUAUACAUUAUGUACACACACACACACACAUCCUGACUGAACUGCCCACUCUCUUGGACUUGCAUAUCUUAACCACUUCCAGACCUUUCAGCACCUCUCCUCAUCUACAUACCAGCACUCUACCUGGAAUACCACUGGAUCUUCGUACUCUUUUGGACUCUACCUUCAUGGAUCUCACUGGUUUAUUUUUGUUUAUGUAAAUCGCUCUAAUCUACCUUGACUUUUGAACUUUCUGAACUCCAUACGUUCCUCUUAUUUCUUUCUGUUGAAGAGCAUAGUCUUGAAACAAAAGAUUUUUUCAUUUUUCCCCCAGCAUCAAACUAAUACACUUGCUUAUUGUUCCUUCA